CUCCUACCUCAAAAUUUGCAUUCUGUGAAGCAAGAACUUGAAAUGUCUCAACCUGGAGGCCCUAAAACCAUGCAGGAAAAAGAUGAAAAUAUUCAAUCUAUUGAGAAAAUGCACCUAGAGAAGUUAUGCCAUGACACAAAAGAGAAUAUUGAUUUGGUGAAGGAACUUAUUUUAGGAGAUUUAGACGAGAAGAGGAAUCCGGUACCUAACUCUGAUAAGGAAGAAGAAAAUAAUCAAUAUCUAAAUUGUGAUGAAAACUCUCAAAGUGAAGCUAAAGUGCAGCCUGGCUUGGGAAAUCGGAAUUCCUCCAAUGAAGAAGAUUUCUUAAAUCAUGAAAGCCAAGAAACUCCAAUGAAAAAAAUCUGACGGUGAUCCUCAAAAUAUUUCUAAUGAGAAUUCACAUGUUGCUAAAGAUGUUGUAAACAAAGAGGAAACUACUGAAGAUGAGGCUAAAGCUGGCCAGCUGCCAGAAGAUAUCCAACAGAAGAGUCUUUUACAAAACUUUGAGGAGCAAGAAUCUGAUAUGUUGAACCAAGAUUUAGCUGAGACUUUACAACUAGACAAGCAAGAAGUACUCGAAGAUGAUGCAAAUUUCAACUCGGAUAAAUCAAUAGGAAAAUUUUCUAAGAUAGUAAAUAAGCUAGAGUUAUCAACAAAUUCUCUUUCAUAUGAAAGAUUUUUCCCAGGAAGGGUCCUCGGUAAUACUUUUGUAGCUAAGAACAACUCAAGUGAGCUAAUCAAAUUAGCCAUUUCGUUUGAUAAUUCCAAAAUUAACAAUCAUUAUGUGGCUGACAAACUUUGUGAACACUACUCUUGCGACUCAGUCAAUGAAAUGGAGGAUCCAUAUAGUAAGCAUAUGCUGCAGGAAGUAGACACAACAAAAGAAGUGCUAGAUGUAUGGCAUUUAGAAGAUCCUUACACGAAGAAACUGUCUCAAUUUGUUGAAUUCGAGCUAGAGCCCAAUUCUGAACAGGAGUUUAUCAUUGUGCUGAAGUCUCCUGCAAAUAAUCAACAAAUAAUGUAUGCUGCUGAUGUGGUCCUUCAUCAGAUUGAGAAUGGGUUUAAAGAUUCAGUAUUUUGAUUUGGAUUUCUGGAACAACUAAAAAUAUCAAUUCCAAAAGAGAUGUAUAACACAAAACUCAAUGCUAGAAUAGUCAAAAUUGUACUGCAACGUAAACAAAAGGCUCAGUCAAUUAAACUGCUAUUAGAGAACAAAGGAGAUAUGUCAGUGAUUACAAAUUUCCAAAGUAUAGAGCUUGAAGAGAACCUUCAGUUCUGUCUCCCAAAAAAUAAGCUGUCUCUUGAGCCAAAAUCCAAAGCUCUCCUUGAGAUUAAAGCUUUGUACAAACCUAUUAACCAGCCUCGACAACAAAAUGCCAAACCUGAAGUGAUUCAUAAACUAGUUGUUUCUAAGGUCAAAGACUGUGAGCUGAAGUUCAGCAUCGUAUUCGAGAUAACCAUACUCUAACUCUCUAUCUGAGUCUGGCAGCCUGGGUUUUAUCCCAAACCUUGAAGUCAUUUUCUU